UGGAACAAACCCCGAAAGAAAGAUGAACAAAUCAGCGAGAAGAAAUAUGUCGAAGAUACUAAACGACCCAAUACAUGGCACAAUCGAGCUAGACCCAUUACUUAUAAAAAUAAUUGAUACACCCCAGUUCCAACGACUGAGAAAUAUAAAACAACUUGGUGGGUGUUAUUUCGUUUAUCCAUCCGCAUCACAUAACCGUUUUGAACACAGUAUUGGAACAUGUUUCUUAGCCGGUAAAUUGGCAUGUCAGUUGCAGAAACAGCUUCACCUAGACAUAGAGAAGUUAGGGGAAGAUGACGACGAUGAAAAGAAAAUGUAUGUAGAUAAACUGAAAGAAGCGAUAAUGACGGACGAUGAUAAACUUUGCAUAGAGAUAGCAGGCUUAUGCCAUGACAUAGGACACGGACCUUAUUCUCACUUGUUCGAUCGAUUGUUUUUGAAAGCAAUGAUGGAGAAGGACCAAAAAACGAAGAAGUGGACGGUUUGUUUUUACAAUUUUAAUGGAUAUUUCAUAACAUCAAAUCCUAAAAUAACACACACGAUAUUCGUGUACAAAAUAAUCAGAAAAAAUGGUUUCUUUAUCCUUCAUGUAGACAAUUUCGUUUUCCAGAAUGAAAAGGUGGAUGAAGCAAGAUAUUACAUGUAUGAGAUUGUAGCAAACAAGCGAAAUGAGAUAGAUGUUGAUAAAAUGGAUUACUUCGCAAGAGAUUGUCAUGGACUCGGAAUGAAAAGUAACUUUGACCAUCUUCGUUACAUCAGUCAAUGUAGAGUGAUGUUCUCCAGUGACAAACCUGAUGAAACGACUAUUGCUGUUCGAGACAAGGAAGAGUAUAAUCUGUAUGAACUGUUUCAUACCAGAAUUGGACUUUACAGAAGAGCUUACUUUCAUAAAGCUACUAAGGCAGUAGAGUUAAUGUUAACUGACGUUUUAGUAAAAGCCAAUAAUCACCUCACGUUUAAAAACAAUGAAGGAAAAGAAAUACAGAUGAGUACUGCAUGGAACCACCCAGAAGUAUACGAAAAGCUUACUGAUAACGUUUUUGAGGCAAUUUUAUUGAAAGAGGACCCAACCGCAGAAAUGCAAAAAGCACAGAAGUUGAUCAACAACGUUUAUAAACGCAAACUUUACAAACUUGUCGAUGAAACAUUACCAGUAGAGACAAUUAAAACAGAAGAGAAAAGAAUGAAAGAGCUUUUGCUAAAGACAGGACUCACUGAUGAUGAUUUUGCAGUGCAAAAAGUAACUUAUUCAUAUGGAAAAGGACGAGACAAUCCGAUUACCUCAGUAUAUUUCUACUCAAAAGAUAAUGAUACGGACUGUUUUCCAAAAACAAAAUCAAAGAAGACCUCAUUAUUUUUGCCAGACAUAUUCCAAGAGGAAGUUCUACGCAUUUAUUCAAAGAAUUCAAAGAAUUGUGACAUCAUCAAUAAGUUGAAAAAAGAAACAACUAAAUGUUUGAAAAAGGUCGGGUUGGAUUCGGUAAACAAUUCAGCCAUUGAACUGAAAAAUGCGGCAACUAAAAAGGCUACUAAACACAAGUUGAGUGCAAAGGGCAAAUCUGGUCCUUCUACGAGGUCAUACAAAAAGAAAAAAACAGAUUAACAUACAGUUGAUUAUAAAAGUAGCAAUAGGUUGAACAUCGAGUCCUGUUUCUUUAUUUUAAUUAGUAUACUCAAUUAACUUCAUUAUAAAUAUUCAAGUUCUAACUGUUAAUCGAUUUUUUCUAUACAUAAAUUUGUUAAUUUUAUUUUCUUAUACUUUUAUAUAUGUGGUUUGGUGGUAUUUUUGAUUUUUCUCAAAACCAAGAUUUUGCUAAGUGAAAUAUAAUUGUGCUUCUUAUUUCCAAAAAUUAAUUGAGUCAUAGUUGUAAUCUAAUUUAAUAUUAUGAAAGGUUAAUUUUGAUACGUACUGAUAUAUCACUCUUUUUAAUAUUUUUCAUAUCGAGUGACGACUUGUUUGUUAAUCAAAGAAUAACAUAAGCCAAACUACAAAAUUGAUUUUAACUAUAUCAAAGCGGCAUUCGAAAGUAACCACAAUAUAACAUAAUGAGUCAAAAUAUUUUAGAAAUUUACCGUUUUCCAUAAAGGAAAUGGAAUGUUUUUACCAAGUCUGAUUAUGACACUUUUUUCUGUUCAUUUGAUAUGUUUGAGGUUUUGAUUUUGCUAUUUGUUAAAGGAAUUGCUGUCAAUUUAUACCACUAUGCUCUAUGUUCUUCAAGUUCAUACAAAUGUUUGCCUUUAAAAUAUUUUUCAGCUGAACUGAUGAGUCUUUUGUUUUUGUUUUUAUACCUUUAUUAAAACUUAAUAGUAUGUGAUAUGCUACUUUCUUAUAAUUCA